AUGUCCACCCUGAGGGUCGAGCUUAGGGAUAUACUCUGGCUCAUCGACCAUCUUCUCAACGAAACGCCAUGUGACCAGAGCCUCCUUAUAGCGUACACACUUUGGAGGAAAGUGCGCUCGUCAUUGGAGGGUCUGCUUGUCGGCAUCGGCGAGAGCAUGGAGGCGGCGGCCCGAAGGGAUCCCGACGACGACGACCCUGAGGAACCCGAACCAUCGCUCCCGGCUCAGCACGUCCGCUGUUCCGUUUGUAUGGACAGAUUGCCGACGGUAGGGUUGAGGCCUUGUGGACACACUCUGUGUGCACAAUGUGCCUAUAGACUUUUCCGCUGUCCACUCUGUCGGGCGGUUAUCCACGGGGGGCUACCGUUGUUUGUUUCUUAG